UCCAACGAGGAAAGGGCGGGACUGAAGACAGUGAACUGGUGCUAUCAUCAUGGCGGGAUGCAUGAACGAACGAAACCGAAUAUUCACAAUAGGAGCUCAAUCCUUAGUUUUAACGGUGCUGUUGUCUUGUUUAGCUGUAACCUCGUCACAGGCUACAGUUAACAAGCCUCCCAUCAUCGAGCUCAAGGAUGGAGAGAAGUACGAACUAUCGGCCUCCAACCUGUUCUGCUACACUAACUCCAUCGUACCCAACUGGAGGCAAACCUGGACGACAAUUCAGGUCCGAAUUUGGAGUUCAAAGGUGUUCAUAUUGGAGGUGGUGCAAAGUGAGGAGGACCUGCAGCAGCUGGAACGCUUCAGCGUGUGGAACUGGCUGCACAGUUUGCUGCGCGAAGGCCAAAAUGAAACCACCAUCAACAUCGACCUGUUGAGGAAGAAGACGUGUUUCAAAAUCAAGCCCAGCAAUAAUACCAAAUACACGGUCAAGCCGCUCCGCAAGUUAGACAUCUACCUGUUUUUGGUUGUCCUCCUCGGAGUCACUUUAUUUGUUUUUGCCGACUCCCUGAGCAGGAGUCAAGUUUUUUUCUAUUCAGCCGGCACGGGCAUAGGAAUGAUCGCCUCCCUGGCUGUUCUCUUUUUUAUCCUGGCUCGUCUUUUGCCAAGGAAAAGCCCUUUUUACAUACUGAUUGUCGGUGGCUGGUCCUUCUCUGUGUACGCCAUCCAGCUUGUCUGCAGGAACCUGAACGUCAUCCUUCGAGAACAUUGGCCUGUGGCUUUAGGUUAUAUGGGUGUAGUUGGCUUUGUUAGUUUUGCCGUGUGUUACCGCUAUGGCCCUCUGGUGGACGAUAAAAGCAUCAACAUCCUGUCGUGGUCGCUGCAGUUGGUGGGCCUGCUCCUCAUUUACAUGGGAAUUCAAAUUCAGCAAGUUUCCUUUGCCAUCAUUGUGGCAGCCGUUUUUGCCAAGAAUCUGGAGUACCCCAUCAUGAUGGCUGUCAUCGCAAUAAGAAAAAUCCGCCAUUAUGUUCACUGGAAGCCGGAGAAGCGCCGCCUCUUGACCGAAGAGGAGUAUCGCAAGCAAGGAGAGGAGGAGACGCUGCGAGCGCUGGAUGAGUUGCGCAAGUACUGCAACAGCAGGGAGUGCAGCCCCUGGAAAGCUGUCAGCAGGCUACAGUCGCCCAAGAGGUUUGCCGAUUUCAUAGAGGGCUCCUCCCACCUGAUGGCGAACGAGGUGUCGGUGCAUGCGCAGGAAUACGGCUGGAAGGACUUUUUCGACACGGAUGACGAGGAAGAUUCAUCCAGCCUGUGCCAAAACCAGAGCGAGCCAGAGCAGACGCCGUUUGGAAACUAUGACGGCUCUCUGGCGCUCUAACGCUGGCGCUUGUGAGUCAAGUCCUUGAGUAUCACCAGCCACACAAGGUCAUGUUUGUGCGCAAUGAAGUUGACUGACAAAGGGCGAUUGGUUGCCAGAUGUGAAUGUACAAAAGAACACACGGUUUGGUGAAUUUACUGUCGUGGGGUCUUUGCUCCAAUCGACUGCCACGAAACCCUAAAGGAGCGCAGACACCUUCUUUGUUUUUAAUCGUACAGGUAUAUAUAGCACCAUGCAAAAGCCUCAGGCCACUGUUAGAUUUUUAUAUAUUUUUUUUGCUAUACCACAUUGAGCAUGAAAACUAGAAGGCCAAUAAGUAUAUUGCAGCCCCCCACCAAGGAUGAACGAUCAAUAAAUGUGAAAAUUCCGAGAGGUUUGUCAUUUGGUUGUUUGCUAGCUCGCAGGCUACUUUCUUGUCAAUGGACGAUGCUGAACAGACGGAAGCCACCAGUAUUAGUCUGGUAGUUGGACACUUUCAGUGACUCAGAUUUAAAAAAACAAAACAAUAAUAAUGCACCCUUAUCCUAACCGUAUAGGAUGUCAUAAAAUGCAGUUGGUUGACCGAUCACGCAGGACUCCUUGACCAAGUUUCAUGUUUUCAUUUGUGUGAACCUACCGAGUCCCAUUCAUGUUUUACAAGUCAUAUUGACUACUGUGAAAAAGGCUCAUCAGAACAAUGCCCAAGACAUUUGGGACUGUACUUUCUGGGAAAUACUUUUUUUAAUGUUUAUACAAAAAAUAGUUGGGUCUUUGGAACGCUUAGUCCUUCUGUCACUUGUGAAAUAAAACAGGUCAAUCUUU